UCUGACAAGAUUUCAUUGUUUAUCGUCACAAGUUUCAAAAAAUAUGAUAUACAUACUUUGAAGUUAUUAAUUAUUUGAACCUUAUUAGUAUAUUAGUGUCCGAAUCAUUAGUAAAAUGGCUCAUAUAAUUAUUUCAAUUUUGCUUUUAAUAUGCACUUUCAAUGAAAUUACUGAAACGAAAUACAUUAGCACCAAUGAAAGUUAUUGGAGAGCUCGAACUGAGCUUCAAGAUGCUGAAGAAAAAAUGCACUUGGGAUAUAAAUUAGAAUUAACAAGCAAAGAAAAAUUGGUAAAUUCAAAAUUAAUGGAAGCAAAACAUGCUGAGCUAAAACAUGGCUUAGAAACACCAGUUGAUUUUUUACCAUCAAUGAAUUUUUUGAAAGCAAAAUCUGGAAUUGAACAAUCAAAAGUGUUUGAAAUUAUUAAAAAAAUUCCAAAAGGUGCAGUUUUACACAGCCAUGACACAGCAAUGGUUUCAACCGAAUUUUUAUAUAAUUUAACAUAUACCAAUGAUCUAUUUAUUUGUAUAACAAAAAAUACCAAAGAAAUUCGAUUUAAAUUCGCUACAGAAAAGCCAAAAAAAACUGAAGAAUGUGAUGAAUGGAAUUUAUUAAGUGAGUUACGACAAAAUAAAACAAUUGUGGAUGAAUUGAAUGCAAACAUUAAAUCAAGUUUUACUUUACUUGUGAAUGAUCCAGAUGUUGUGUAUUUUGAUGUAAAUGAAGUUUGGAAAAAGUUCGUAUCAAUUUUCUUAACAUUAGACGGAUUUUUAAAUUAUCGUCCUGUUUUAGAGGACUAUUUGUAUCAAGUAUUUAAGGAAUUUGAAAAUGAUAAAAUUUUGCAUUUAGAAUUUCGCGGAACAUUGCCACAAACAUACGAACUAAAUGGCACAGUUUAUAAUGAAGUCGAGCUUGUCGGGAUUUAUCAAUCUGUUGUAAAACGAUUCCAAAGUGAAUAUCCUCAUUUUAGUGUAAAAUUUAUUUACGCCCCUAAUCGUAAAGUCGACCAAACAACUUUUGAUCAAUACAUUGAGAUAGUUAAGAAUUUACAUGGAAAUUAUUCAGAUUUUCUGGCUGGUUUUGAUUUGGUUGGUCAAGAAGAUCUUGGAGUUGCUGCAGUGGAAUUUGCCGACAAAUUAUUAAAAUUAAAAGAAGAAAUUAAUAUUGACUUUUAUUUUCAUGCUGGGGAAACCAAUUGGAAAGGUAUGACUGAUGAAAACUUAUUUGAAUCUGUUUUAUUAGAUUCAAAACGUAUUGGUCAUGGUUAUGCAAUUACAAAACAUCCAAAACUUAUGGAAAUUGUAAGGGAUAAAGGAAUCGCAAUUGAAAUCAGUCCAAUUUCAAAUCAAGUUUUAAAUUUAGUGAAAGAUUUGAGAAACCAUCCGGCUGCUGAAUUAUUUUCAACGGAUUUUCCAGUUGUUAUUUCAAAUGAUGAUCCAAGCUUAUGGGGAGCGAUCGGAUUGAGUUAUGAUUUUUAUGAAGCUUUUAUGGCGUUCACCAGUUACAAUGACGAUAUUCGUGUUUUGAAACAAUUAGGAUAUAAUUCCAUUUUAUUCAGUUCAAUGAAUGUUGCAGAAAAAUCUCGCGCACUUGUAUUAUUUGAAAAUCAAUGGGAUUCUUUUAUCAAUGAAAUGAUAAUGGAAACUUAAGUUUGGGUAAUUGUUUGUGCUUACG